AUGCAACUUCUUCUACUUAUAUUAUCUAUGCUAGUUAUUAGAUCAUUUUGUGACAUGAAAAUGGUUAAACUAUACGGAAAAGUUAAUGAAUCUGCAAUAAGCAGUACAUUAAACGUGGAAACUGCUGAGGAGUGUAUAACGAGAUGUUACUACAAUUCGAAUUGCAUUUUGGUUCGGAUUUUUCAAACAAGCUGUGAGGUGUUUAAUUUUCAAAAGGCUAUUAUAUCAGUAGCUAUGUCAAAUAACACUGAUUCAGGAUACUUAGUACUCAAGACAACAGCAUCAAUUACCGAGUGUCCAGAUUCAUAUAAAAAGUUGACUUUUGCAAUCACGUCAGGAUAUACCUGGACCUGGAAAACUGAUGGAGAUGAAUAUAGUUUCGUCGGGUGUAGAGAUGGAUGGAAGAGGUUCGAAAGAGAAAUAGAUGGUACGGUGGUAUGCAUGAAAUCAUAUUAUCGCACUAGAGUGAACAAUGAUUAUGCGAAGCAGUUGUGUGUCGGGGAAGGUGCCAAGCUAACAGGAGUUGCAUCGGCUGAGGAGUGCCAGUGGAUCCGAGAAGCUGUCAAUGGAAUGAGUCCUCCCUGGAAUAACUAUGGUGUCUGGAUUGACGGCAGGAGAAAUUGCACCGACGAGCCGUGCAAUGUAAUCUACUGGACAGAUGGGUUUACGACCACAUUCGAUGCACUAGUCAGCACAAAUGCACAAAUACCAUCUACCAAGUUUAAAGGAGGCUGGGAGGACUGUCUAACAAUUGUUCCAGGCAGUGGACAGGGCUCAACAAUAAAUGACUUGUCAUGUGGGAAUACUCAACUUAUUCUGGGAUUUGUUUGUGGUUAUCAACUUGAAGAUUUGUAG